AUGAAGAGAGAAAAAUAUUGCAAUAAUAGAAGAAAGGAUCUCAAAUCUCGAUGCAAUAAUUAGGUUUAUUAAUAGUAUUCUUCCCCAUCCAACUCCCCUACCACAACUUCACUCCAGAAAUUAUUCUCUUGGAUCAGAAGCACCUACUGGUAAGGAUGGAAAUGAAAAUGGCAUCAUCCAUCGUCAUUCUUAUUGUUUCACUUGUGUUUGCUGAAGCAAGUUACAGCAAAAAACCUCAGCUCAAUCCAGAAGGAGACUCCGUAUGUAAUUCAUGUUUGGAAGCUUCAAGGAAAGCCAAAGGAGCCCUGAGGGACAUGGAACUUUUCAAAGAAUUUGAUAUGCUUUCCUACGAAGUAUGUCAUGUACUGCCAGAAAAUUAUGAAAUUCAGUGUUUAGAGAAAACAAAGAAGCAAAUUCACCAUACCACGUUAUCAUUGCAAGAACUCUUUCAUGAGAAAAACCUUUGCAACAACAGAGGACUAUGCACAGACCAGUUGAUUAUGCAAGAAGAAAUCAAAAUUACAGGAGAGAACAAAAAGCCUUUAAAGUUGCAAGAUGAAAGAGGUUGUAUAGCAUGCCGAAGGGCUGUCAGGGAACUACUAAUGAAGAUGAAUCAACCUAAGAUGAAGACAAAGAUCAUAGAGGCACUUAUAGAUUACUGUGAAGAAGCAGAGGAUAACGAGGAGCAAUGCAAGCGAACAGUGAAGAAGUAUAUUCCUACAGUCUUGACUAAGCUGGAGAAGUUGAAACCCACUGAUAUGUGCCUUAUGAUGGGAAUGUGUGAUGAAGUCAUAGCCUUCACUAACAUAUUAGAUUAAGUAUGUUCUAAGUUUUUCUUCCAACGUUCUGUAAUAAAUGGAGGUAGAGAGGCUAUGAGCAAUGGAAGUUCAGAAUAAAAAGAGUCGCAUCUUCAGUGAAGAAACAAGAUUUGUCAACCAUACUAAUUAACGAGAAAAUCUUCUAAGUAUAAUUGUUUUUCCUAGUUCAACUGACAUAAAAGUAAAAGUUUGGACUGACCUACCACUUGUACGGUCAUGUUGAGUGCAACGGGGAAACAAAGACAUUAUUUUGUUGUUAUAACUGCUGGCAGCCAUUCCAAUCUAUUUGGUUCUAACUUUUGUGGAUUCUCUCACACAGUUCUAAUCUUAUAGAUGAGAUCGCUAAUGCUUAUUUAAGCAAUUUUCACCACACACUUCAUAAACAAUUCAUAUCAACCGUGCUUUUAACAGAUUACCAGGAGAAUCUUGCUAGAUGAUUUGCAGGUAUGGUUCCCGAUGAUGAUUAUGAUGAACAAGAAGCAACAUAAAAUUAUUUAACAUUGUUUGCUUAGAAUCACUUAAAUAAUGAUGCGUGAAACUUAUAGUGUAACAUGAAUACCAGUAAAAUUGAUA